AUGACUACUCUGAGCGCAGCAAUAGAGAAUGCCAUGCAGAAUGCGCGAGAAACCUACACGCCAGAGCAGCCGGAGUUACCCCCAGUUACAAACAAACAGCCGGUCGGGCUUGUGCUCUCACAGUUCUCAAAAGCCUGGAUUGCCCUGGCAGGACUAGAUCGCCCUGGCCUUCGCGACAGAAUCGAGCCAAAAAUCGCAGCAGUGCUGGGCCGUCCAUCUGUAUUGCUUCGACUGACAAAUGAUGUGGAUCUCCUCGCUGCAGCGAUGACCCAGCAUCCUGAGGUGCCCUCUGCAGUCGUUCUCAUUGCCGGAACUGGAAGUGUUGCCAUGCGAUACACGAUCACGGAGCCGGGCCAGGUGCCGACGAGAACUGCCCGGUCAGGAGGCUGGGGCCAUCUGUUGGGCGAUGAGGGAGGUGGUUACUCAAUUGGACUGGAAGCGAUCAAACACACCCUGACAGCAAUCCUGCAGCGGUUUGGGGGCUCGCAGUCUACAUCUCCGUCUUCGUCUUCAUCGUCUGGCGGCAAUAUGGGCCCGGAUCUGCUGAGUGAGGUUCUGCUAGGCCAGCGAGGGGAGAGCGCCAGCGUCAAGAGUCGCAUUGCCGCUGCCGCUCAACUGGUUGUGAACCUGGCGCCGGAGGACGCUACCGCGAUGACCAUUGUCACAUCACAGGUGAAAGCGCUAGUGGAUACGGUUCUGGGACGGCUGAUCGAUCCCAGGUCUCAAUCAGCCGUCGCACCAGAGCGGACAGGGCUGAUCCUUUCCGGCGGUGUUCUGAGACAUGAGCUCUACCGGGAGCUAGUCCUCGAGAGACUGACAGAGAGAGGCAUCAAGUUCGCAUAUACCGAGACGGUUAUGGAUGCCGGCGCUCUUGGAGCGAAGAGCCUGUGCAUAGCGUGUGAUUGA